AUGGCAAACAAACAAACGAACCCAUCCAUCUAUCCGCAAUACUGCUUCAAGGAAGCGCCGACCCACGAAGCCUGGUGUUUCCUGAGGGUCGCCGACAUUCCCCAUCUUAGGCAUUAUCCGGCAUUUCCAGAUUUGCACUUCUACAAGAACCUGCCCAUAAAAUUUGUGCGGGUUGUGGGUGUGAUUGUCGCCAUUGACGACUAUGCCGAGCGACGCGUCUACACCGUCGACGACAGCAGCGGCGUCAACAUCGAAUGCGUCCUCAUGCUGAAAACGGGGAAGCGGGCGGCCAAGAAGGACAGCAGCAUCCUCGGCCCUCGGCCGCCCAUCCCUUCCGAGUUUUCCCAUCUUGCAGUCGGCUGCGUGGUGGACGUCAAAGGGACCAUUACCCACUACCAUCGAUCCAGGGGUCUCAAAAUUGCGCGGGCGCACCUACUACCUUCUACCGAAUCGGAGCUCCUUCUCUGGGAGAAGAGACGCGCCUUCCGUGUUACCGUCCUCGAUCGACCAUGGGUGUUGUCGGAACCUGAGAUCCUGCGAUGCCGCCAGGAAGCGGAGCGCGCAGACGCUGAGCUGGCCGCUAGUAAACGCAAGGGACGGAAGCGAUCGAAACCCGGGAUCGAAGCGGACCCCUUUAAAAUCAUCAAGGAGAAAGCCCCUACUAAGCGUGUGCGCCAGGCAGAAGGAGGAGUAGCAUCCCGAUCUGUUUCUAACAAAGUACCCGCGAAAGAGGUGCCCUCCGAGGUCAAAGAAAUGAAGCGCGGAGGAGAAACACUUGACCCGCUAGAAGAAGCCGUGGCAAACGACCCCUAUAGCCUCGUGGGGAAGACAAACGCGCCAAAAACACGGGCCGCCAAACCCCAUAUUCCAAUCACUUGCGAUCCUAAUGCGGAUGAAGUACGGGGAAGCUCGAUCGCUUCGCGAUUAGUUCAAGAGCAAGUGUUCCCCCUCCUGCCCGGCCACCGCCCAAGCUGGAUGCUUCCCCACACAGGACCGUCGGGCGCUCCCGGAGGCAACUCUCGACUCGCCCACAAGAGGAGCGCGCAGACGAAGCAGACGAGUCCCUGCUGUCUCGAGGUCGCAGAGCUGGCGAUGACCCCCGCCUUUCCCAUCUCUCCGGAGCGGAAAAUCCCAAAAGUCUACGAUGGCCGACCCAUUCAAGAUUACGAAACCGACUCCAUCAGCCCUACCGACCAAACUCGUUGA